UCUUAUCUUCCAAUCAUUGGCCAGCCUGUGUUCAUUUUAUCUCACUAUCUCCGAUGUCUUGGAGGCUAUCCCAUUUCUGGUCGACCAUUGCAUUCUUUGGAUUUGGCUCUGGCCAGCAGGCGUUAUAUUGGGAGAGUCGAAGUAACAAGUUCCAGCAAUGCUGCCGCCGGAGUAGCUGCUGGUGAGGCUCCAUUUCUUCAUAGUUUGUUGGCUGCCCUUCUCACAACUGCCCGCUGCCUUGGUGCUACUCAGGAUGAAUUGAGUAGAGCCCUAUGUGUGCACUCGAAUGGCACAGCUGAGAACUACAGGGUGCUAUUAAAUCAGGAGUAA